AUCGACAGGAAGUAUUUUUCUUGUUCUUUGGUGGAGGAGCACAGGUCGUAUAGACGGUCGACAUUUUGUUAGCUUCCUAGCAAAAUAAACUAUCGAGGGUAGUCUGAGGGCAACUUGGUUGUCCACAAAGUUUCUCUUCGUCGCCUGACAGUUAAACUUUGUAAUCAUGUGGUAUGAAAUUCUCCCUGGCUUCGCCAUCAUGACUGUGUGUCUGAUCAUUCCCGGCGUCGCCACCGCACAGAUCCACAAGUUCACCAACGGAGGAAAGGAGAAGAGAAUCGCUCGGGUUCCGUGGCAUUGGUAUCUGAUGGAGAGAGACAGGCGAGUGUCGGGAUCAGAACGCUACUUUGACUCCAAGGGACUUGAGAACAUCAACUGAUGAUCAGGAAUUUGAAGACCCUUAUGAGAAAAAAAGUUCUUUGUUGUACAUUAAAAGAUUAUAUUUAACAUUCA